AAAUUGUAGUAGUCUCUGUCUGUGACUGGUUCAAUCUUAAAUGAGAAAACACAAGAUGAUGGAAAACAGAUAAGAAUCUAUUGGACAAAAAUUCAUUUGUCGCCUAUGCAUCAGAGGGGCUUUGAAUAUUUUGAAUAUCUUUUGAGCCAUAACUUGGUGUUUUAGGAGAUGAGGCACAUCCACAAUCAAGAUUGAAUAUUUGGCUGAGAUAUCAUAUCAUUCAUUCAUAGCUGUUGCCUGCUGUUUCUGAUCUCAAUAGGAUAAUAUCACAACACACUUCCAUGAUUCUUGUGGGGAAUAAAGCCAGAUUGGCAAAGUCACCAUGACCCCACCAACCCACAUGACCACCCCAUACAUCUCAAGUUUCCAUCCUUGCCUUUUUUUUUUCUUCCCUAUAUAAGCCUAAAUAUCCACUAGUAAUGGAGAGCACAAAAAAAAACAGAGACACAUAAUUUGAAGUAAGAUUGGAAACUCUUAUACUUGGUUUCUCCAAAUUAGAGAACUCUUUAGAUUACACAUAUAUGGAACUGGAAGAUGAUCUAUAUUUUGCAGAUUUGAGCAAGGAAAUUGCCCUCCUACUAAUGGAUGAACAUGAAGACCCACUUGCUUCUUAUCCUGCAGACUCUCUUCAGGUAUUUCCUGGAGCAAUUCAAUAUCCUCCUCCACAGUUUGCAUUCCUGUAUGAGCAGGCUUUGAGAAGAGAUCAGAGCAAAGGGACAGGGGUGUUUAUCCCACAAGCAACACAGCCAAUAAGAAGGAAGCAGAGGAAGGGAAGAUACAACAAUUCAUACUCAGCAAAUUAUCAAAAGCAGUCUCAAGACACAACAAUAAUGGCUUCUCAAGCUCCUCCUAUCAAGGAUUCCUUGAAAUCCAGAAAUUAAUGGAUUCUUCUGCAUAAUUUUACAAAUUCUACUGAUUAAUUUAUGCAUUUAUGGGUCUAAUUCUUUAGUCUUUAGGAAAUAAGUGUAUGGAUAAUUGAUUUCUAUAUAGUAUCUAUAUAGGUGCAUGGGAAAACCAUAUACACCUAAAUAUUUAAGAGGAGGGUUCACCUAAGGUUUUGUAACCCUCCACUGUGGACAAGCAUUUUGUUCUUAUCUGGUUUCAUAUGAUAAGUUUGUCCUUGAAACAUCCCGUUAAUAAAUAAUAAUAAUAAAAAAAAACAAAAAAAAAAGAAAAGUAUAUAUAUAUAUAUAAUAUGUAUAUAUAUAUAAUAAGCCAAACAAAAAGAAACCGUAACCCACUACCAGUACCAUUCCUAAUUAUACUAUGGAACCCUAUGUUAUUCUCUCACUCUCUCGUCUUUUCCUUUCUCUGUCUCGUUCACUUUCUUUUCCCUUCGUCAGCGAUUCUUUCUUCUUUUCUUUCUUCAUCAUUUUCUUCUCUAGUCACCAAAUACCACCACAGGAUUACACAAUCAUGAGAAUACACAAGCAUGAAGGGAAAUUUCUGAAUUUAAGUUGAAGGGUUCUUGGCAUAAUUUUGGAUUUAGGAUUUAUGCUAUGAGGAAGGAGAAGAGCACCCACUCUCACAUAAUUGCUUAUUUGGUUUAUUGAGGUAUUCCUACAACUCAUAAAUUUAGAGAAUGAUAUGGUAAGGUACAUUAGGCUUAAGUAGUAAUAUUUUUAGGGUUUUGAUUACAUAAUUGAGAAUUUCGUAGUUGCUCACGGAUAGUAUGACAUUAGAUAAUUAUUGCUGAAGGUUGAAGUUGAUUUUGGUGUUCAGAUUUGACGGCUAGUGGUUCGUUCAAUCGACAUGGAGUGGUUGAGAGCAGUUCGGUUGAUUCGUCAUAGUUGUGAGUGGUUUUCAAUUACUGUGGCAUAAUUUAAUUACUCUAUAUGCUAGUUUUAUUUAUUUAAAUAUGUUACCUAUCCGUUUGAAAAUUUGGGGAAACAUGCUUUUACAGUUCUUGAAUUAUCUGAAAUUGGUUUUAUGAAGUCGAUUUGAGUCUGCUUAUGUACUGACGUGAGCAAUAAUUUAUAUUGCUUUGAUUUUAGAAAUUAUGUGAAACUGAGAUUGUGAACUUGGAAAGUUGAUUUUGAGACUUUUGAUGAGACUUGAGCUGGUUUGAGAAAACGGUUUUGGGGAUCCUUGAUAGAACCCCGUAGCCGUUAACAGAGGUAACGGCCUAGGUGCACCUAGCUAGAUUGAUUCCGGGAGGAGAGGGCUAUCCGUUAGAUGAGCCGCCAGUGCACGGAAAGGGCUAUCAACGAGAUGUAGCUUCCCCGAUGAUAUGAUACGAUGUGACAUGUGAUAUGAGAGAGGAAAGGGCUAUCCGUUAGAUGGAGCCGCCCCUAUCGGAUAGGCCAUCCCUUAGGAGGAGAGGGCUAUCAACGAGAUGGAGCCGCCUCAUGGUUCUACAUGUGUGACCCUAUGAUAUUAAAUUUAUGGUUUUAUGUUUUCAUAGGUGGACAUGAUUUUAACUGUAUUCAUUUAAAGCAUUACUUAUAAACUUUAUGAUUUUUGUCAAGUUCGUUGUUGGAAUGAUUUGAACUGAUUUUAUUCAUGAUACAAAUUCUUUACACUGAGUUGAGAUUAUUGAUGAUGUAAAUUCUUUAUACUUAGUUGAGAGCGAAAAACUCGUGCCUAUUAUGUUUCCCCUUCCUGUUCAUGGUGGUUGUUAAAUCCUCACUAAGUCUUUGUGACUUACCCCAUUCCUUAUUUUCAUCCACAGAUUUUCAGGCAACUGAGUAGCGGAUUGUUGUCAGAUUCAGAUCUUUCAGUUUUCUUAUUGGUAGGCCUCCUUUGGUUGGUGGCUCGAUUGAUAUCUUCAUUUGAUUGUAGUUAUCUGCAGCUAUAGGGAGUCUUAGGUGGAUUGAUUAUGAAUUGUUAUUUAUUAUUUUAUUUAAGAAAUUUUGGUUAUGAUGAAAACAUUUGGCAGGUUUAUUGUUUUGGAAAUGUUGAUAAUAUAAAGGAGGUUUGUUGAAUUAUUUUAAAA